GAAUGGGUUCAGAAAUGCAAAAGAGGUGACCAUUUUAAUCCAGAUACAUCAUUUAUUUGCUCUGAUCACUUUAAUGUUGAUGCAUUUGUUCGAGACUUAAAAGCAGAACUUUUAGGAUAUAAAUCUAAGAGUCGAAGACUUAAAGAGGAUGCAAUUCCUACGUUGAAUUUACCAACUGACUUAGUUGAAUCUGCAUCAAUCAUUAGUCGUAGAAGUAGGAUGGAAAGAAAAUCAAUAAAAGAGGAUCACAACAAGAUAAUCAAUUCAGCUCUUAGUACAUCCAGUACAUCCAAAGUACUGUCUAUACCAGAUGAUGAUCUUACACAAGUUAACAUUGAACUAGAUUAUGAGCAAUUUUAUAUCAAUCUACUUAAAGAAUAUGACAUAUUAAAAACUGAUUACAGUGUACUGGAAAAAGAAAUUGCGUCAAUUAAAAAAUCUGAUAUUGACAAUAAAAAAAUUAAUGAAUCACUUCGUUUGAGUAUAAAGGUUCUAACUAAAAAGUUGAAAGAAACUAACUUGCUUUUAAAACAAACACAGAAAACUACAACCAAACAAAUCAAAUUGCUCUCUUUAAAUAAAAGUCAAACCAUUGAAAAUCAAGUCAAGAAAUAUUUGUCAUCUAUAUUUUCUGCCAACCAGUUGAAUUUAAUAAUGCGAAAAAAGAAAAGGGUCCAUUGGACAAGAGCUGAAAUUUCAAAAGCCUUCACGCUUAGGUAUUUCAGUAAAAGAGCAUAUGUCUAUGUCAAAAAUGAACUGCAUUAUCCUCUACCUGGUAAAUAA